GAAUGGAUCCCUCUCUAAGCACAGAUGCUCUGGGACCUUUUACUUCUACUAUUUAUUUACAUGAGAAUCAUAGGUAGCCAGCAUAGCUUUGAUGAUUUUUUAGCAGUUUGUUGACUAGACGUCUUUCUUUGGAGGAUCUGAAAAUGCUCACUUGUGUCAAUAUGGGGAAUGCACAGCCGUCUGGUGUGUAUUGUCACUUAAGAUAGAGACAAAGGGAGCAGCACAUAGAGAAAUACCUACAAUAUGGAGACAUUCAUGCCCACUGGCAACUGAACCAAACGUACUUUUUGUAAUGUCAUCGCUGAUAUUUGUGCAGUUCCUUCUGCUGGGGUUAAGGGUCAUUGAUACCACCACAGACACAUGGAGACACUGUACAGAUUUGCUCCCUUUGGAUCUUCUGUCCUUUGUCCUCGAGAGGGACACCUCCAAACUUGUACCAGGGGUCCACAUGAAGGAGGCUGGAGGGGUGAGGGGUGUACAUUUGUCGAGCCCUCAUACCUCCAUGAGCUUUCCCUCCUCGCAGCUGCUGGUGAACUGUGAUCUCUUCCCCAAAGAAUUCUCCAUUGUUGUGACACUGAAAGUCACUCGCAGUGCAGCCAAGAGAAAUGAAUACAUAUUUUCCUUGAUGGAUUCAAAUAAAGGAGAGAAAAGGGGCCUGGGGGAGAAGGAAGCUGUGAACGAUAAAGGGAACAUUUUGGAAAUGAAUAAAGAGGGGGAGCAACAUGGAGAGAGGAAGAAGGAGAGGCGGGUGAAGAGUAAUGAAGAACGUGGACGGAUCAUCCUGGGACUGAGGCUCUCGAGAAAACGUCUGCACUUCCUUUUUAGAGGUCACGGAGGGGUCGUGGAGCACUGGGGGUUUCGUGGCGCCCGACUGGCUGAUAACCAGUGGCACACUCUGGUUUUGGCCAUUGAUAGCCAUCAUGUCAGGCUCACAGUGGACUGUAGCCCACCACUGGAAAUUGUUCCCUCCAGGCCUUUUCCUUCAGACCUCAACUUUCAGGGAUCGAGAUUCCACAUCGGCAGUCGGGGGAGAUGGAAAGGCCUGUAUUCAGGUCUCCUGCGACAGCUGGUUUUGGUGCCAGGUUCGGAUGCCACCCAUUACAUCUGCCCCUCUUCCAACCCCCAGCUGGCAGUUCUGUCCGUACCACCACUUCUCUCAGACCUGCCUGUCCCGGGAAGGGAGGGUGACGGCCACAUGACCUCUUAUGAAACAGAGGAGAGAGUGGCAGUGGGGUUGGAGCUGUCGUGCUCAGAGCGACUACAAGGCCAGCUGUGGUUCAAUCCGCUUAAGAAAGGCCUCUACCUCUGCGAUGGCACAGCGUGGAUCGCUGUGCUUGAGGAUCAUAAACGACUGGACUAUGUAGUGGAACAACAGGUCCUCACCACCAGCUCAGAGACACAUGAUGUAGAGGUGUUCCAGUUACCUGGCAUUGGUCUGAUGGCUGCUAUGGCUCAUCGGUCAGCAGCUUCUGGCUCUGCAGUGUAUCUGUGGAGUCAAACAGGUUUCCAGCUCUACCAGAAUAUCAGCACAUAUGAAGCUCUGGCUUGGAGACACUUCAGCAUGGGACAGAAGAUAUUUCUGGUGGUGUCUAACACUGGGAGAGGGCCAGACAAGCGUUUUAACAAAGAACCAGAGGUGGACUUCUCUGUGAUUUACAAGUGGAGCAAAAAAAGAAAUCGGUUUGUGCAGUUCCAGACUCUGCAGACCCACUGUGCACGGGACUGGGAGGCCUUUACCAUUGACCGACAAACCUAUCUCGCUGUUGCCAAUCAUAGACAAGGUAAUAAUAAUCACACCAUAAACAGUGUGAUAUACAAAUGGAACAAGCCAGCAAAGUCUUUUGAGGUUCACCAAAUGCUGCUGACCUCAGGGGCCUACGACUGGGAGUUCUUCACAGUUGGACCGUACCAUUUCCUAGUGGUCGCAAAUGCCUUUGAUGGAGUGACCACUUCUGUAGACUCAGUCAUCUACGUUUGGGUCAAUGGAAGCUUCCAGGUGUUCCAGACAAUUAAGACGUUCUGCGCCACAGACUGGGAAAUGUUUCAGAUUGGUAGUAGAGUCUUCUUAGUUGUUGCCAAUGGACACAGACUCCAUGGCAACGGACCAAGCCGAUAUACCAUCAACUCAACUAUCUACGAACUGGACAUGAAUGGACAGCUGUUUGUCCGCUUCCAGGACAUUGUCACCUAUAGUGCAGUGGACUGGGAGUUCUUCAGCCUCGGGGAGGAAUAUUUUCUGGUUGUUGCUAACUCAUUUAACGGAGAAUCCUACUCUCUCAACAGCAUUCUCUACAGGUGGCAGGGAUAUGAAGGCUUUGUUCCUGUUCAUUGGCUCCCAACGAUUGGGUGCAGUGACUGGGAGUUUUUCAGCUCUAAAGGAGAAUCAUAUCUGAUCUACUCCAGUGCCAAAGCACCUCUCUCCAAAGUGUUCAAACUGAAAACCUACUAGGCAAAAAAAGGAGAGUGUGCAUGUGUUUUUUUUUGUGUACUGUAUUUAUUUGAAUGUACAUGCUGUCUUUGUAAGUGUCUGUGUGUCCCUGUGUGAGAAAAUGUUUGCAAUAAUAUUUGAAACGUGUGAGUAUGUGUUUAAGUAAUUGUGCCUUUAUAAUACUGUGUCUGUUCACAAUUUACAUACAGUCAGGGCUGUAGCAACCUUUACGGUUAUUACAUUAGUCUAGCUUCUAGAAAUCAGUUUUUUGUUUUUAACCUGAGGAGGAUUUUACAUUCUACAAUUACACAGAAAUUGCACAUGGUGGGUUUUGAAGAAUGAUUUUGAUAUUUUUUAGAGUAGAUAUCUUUAAAUUUGACAGUUAACUUUAAGAGGAUGUAACAUUCCCCCACAACAGUUAUGUUCUAGGUUAUCCUAAGGUUUUGAAACUGUGUUUAGACCAUCAUGUAGAGAGAUCAAACUUACUGAAAAUCUUAUUUAAAGGACCAGUGUGUAGAAUCCAGUGGUAUCUAGCAGUAAAGUUGCAGAUUGCAACCAUGUGAAUACAGCUCAGCCUUCCAAGCAUGUAGGAGAAACUACGGUGGCCACAAACCCACUGCAGAUACAAAACUUCUCUUUUUAAGGUUACGGAAACACAACUAUUAUAAAUAUCUAUAUAUUAUAUUCCAUCUCUGCUAAUAGAUCAUCCUAAUUCUUACACACUGGACAUUUAACAGUUAAAUGAAUGAAUAAAAUGAGAACAGUUUUAGCUGGGUGAAUUUGGUAUAAUGACCUGGCCUGCACACAGUUACAACAUCAACUAGGUUAACAACUGAUGUACCUCAUUUUAACACAAAUAUCACAUGCACAUACUUUUUAUGAGACUAUAUCUAUAUAUUUGUGUGCAUUAUCUGACAGAAAUGAAUACAACUCUGUAAUAUUUUGUUUCUGUCUGUAAAAACAUUUAAUAUUAAUUAUGUUUAACAUUUUGUUUAUUAACUGGAAUGUGUGUUCACUCAUAAUUUGGACUGAUCAUUAGUUUUUUGCCUCUGACUGCAUGAAUUAUAUAUAUAUAAAAAGUGACUAACUUAUUUAAAUGACAAUAAACCAAACUUAAUAUGUU